CAAUUCUGUCAUGGCUCUAAACUUUUCUGUCAUCCAGGUAUUACCAAGACUCUGGCUGUGGUUCAGUCAGGAUUCUGGUGGCCCACUCUGAGAAAAGACACCCGAGAGUUUGUUUCAGCAUGUGUCACCUGUUCCAGAGUUAAGCCCUCCAGACGUCCUCCUGCUGGUUUUCUGAGGCCUCUGCCGAUUCCUCAUCGACCAUGGUCCCACAUCUCUUUGGAUUUCGUCACCGGCCUUCCUCCCUCUCAAGGUAACACAGUACUCCUCACUGUGGUUGACAGGUUCUCUAAGAUGACCCACCUCAUUCCUUUACACAAGUUACCUUCAGCACCUGACCUCGCUAGGGUGAUGGCUCGAGAGGUGUUCAGACUUCAUGGCAUUCCCCGCAAUAUUGUCUCUGACAGAGGACCACAAUUCAUUUCCCGUUUUUGGAGUGAGUUUUGCACCCUUCUUGGCAUUGAUGUCAGUCUUUCUUCAGGUUUUCACCCUCAGACGGAUGGCCAGACAGAGAGGAUAAAUCAGGAGGUUGAGUCCAAGUUGCGCAUCCUUUGUAUGGACGCUCCUAGUCGCUGGUCCCAGAACUUACCUUGGGUUGAGUAUGCCAUUAAUGGAUUACCAUCAAGCUCCACAGGUCUGUCACCGUUUCAUGUCGUUUAUGGCUAUCAGCCGCCCAUUCUCUCUGUUCAGGAGGGAGCCACCCAGGUCCCGGCUGCCCACUUAGCAGCACGUCGCUGUCUCAGAGUUUGGAGAAGGGCCAGAGCUACUCUCUGCAAGACUUCUGCAGUCUAUGCCAGGAAUGCCAAUCGCCACAGAUCCCAAGCCCCGAGAUACCUGGUCGGUCAGAGGGUGUGGUUGUCUACUAGGGAUCUGCCCAUCAAGGUACACCCCACCUUCCAUGUCUCCAAGAUCAAACCACUGAUGUCAUCCAGGUUUUGCCCUCCAGCCAGACCCCCUCCACCCCCCCGACUCAUUGAUGGGGCCCCUGCCUUUACUGUGAGGCGGUUACUGCGUUCCCGACGUUGGGGCCGUGGCAUCCAAUAUCUUGUGGACUGGAAGGGUUAUGGUCCUGAGGAGAGGUCCUGGGUUCCUUCUCGCCUGGUCCUGGACAAGGACCUUGUCCGCAAGUUCCACCGCCAGCAUCCGGACCAGCCCAGAGGGGCGUCGAGAAUGUGA